AUGGUCUCGGCUGAUGAAGGUCAAGAUAGGGGGCAGGGGAGCAUACCAUACAUCCGAAACGAACCCCCAGAGGCAGGGAGCAAGGGGUUCGACGAGUGGGAGGAGAACGACCUUGUUGUGUUCUCGUGGAUCGUCGACAACAUUGAAAACGAAAUCGUCGCCGAUUUCGCGCAUCAUCUGACAUCCAAGGCUUUAUGGGACAACCUUGCAGUCACGUUCGAGAACAAGGCAGAUCGUUACCUCAUCUACGACCUGGAAGAAAAAGCAAUCAACAUCAAACAGGGCAGUCUCGAUCUAGAGACAUAUUACCGGAGGAUCCACGGAUUGUGGAUUAACAUAGAUCGUUGUCAGAAACAACCUAUAAACUGUUGUGACAAGGGCAUCGAUCAAUUUCGAACCCAUUCGAACGAUAAGCGUCUGAUUAAGUUCCUAACCGGAUUGAAUCAGGAGUAUGACUCGAUUCGGCGGGACAUCUUGAAGGAGGACCUGUUAGAGUUUGUAUACUAG